GCUAUACUAGAUUGUUUGAUUCAUUUGGCAACAAUUUAAAUAAAGAGAUGGAAACUGUAACAGAGGCUGACCAUCUCAUACCGGAUGUUACUAAUGGAACUAAUGUAUCACUAUCCGACUUUAAUAUUACAACAGCAGCAAGUGGACUUUCAACAUUAAAAGUCGUUUCGGACGUUGUUAUUACCACAACUUUAGUGAUCAUAAUGUUUGGCAUGGGCUGUACAAUAGAACUGUGGAAACUUAUCGGGCAUUUACGGCGGCCAAUCGGAGCAGCUAUAGGAAUGCUUGCUCAGUUUAUCGUGCUACCAUUGGUCACAUUUGGAUUCGCGCAUGCGCUUCAGUUAGAACCUGUUGCCGCCAUAGGGAUGCUGGUAAUGGGUAGUUGUCCUGGUGGUUCUACAUCAAAUAUAUUCUCGUAUUGGGCUGACGGAGACGUGCCCUUAAGUUUAACUAUGACAUCAUUGGCUACUCUUUUGGCGUUGGGUAUGAUGCCUUUAAAUAUAUGGCUGUACAGUAGAAGCUGGACGAAUGAUGAUCUUGUCAUACCUUACAAAAAUAUUAUUAUCUCCCUUGUAAUGACAGUGGGGCCUGCUGCUGUGGGAAUAGCUUUACGUUGGAAGUGGGAAAGGGUCGCUUUAUUUUUUGUCAAGAUAGGAAGUUUCUGUGGUGGUUUGGCGGUGAUUCUGUCAAUGACUUUAAUGAGCCUACUUUAUCCGUUCAUGUACAAAUCUUCUUGGAAAAUCUACAUCGGUGCCUUCUUUUUACCCUUUGUCGGAUUUGCAUUCGGAUACAUUGUAGCUAAGAUAUGCCGAAUGAAUGCCACGCAUGCGCGAACAGUAGCGCUUGAAACAGGAAUUCAAAACUUUCCAUUGUGCAUGACCCUUAUUAGUUUAUCUUUCCCGAAAAAUAUGAUUCCGAAAUUAGCUCUUUUCCCUUUAUUAUACGGAGUUUUUGUGCUGACAAACAGUUGUGUGUUUGUGUUACUUUAUCACGUGAUGAAGAAAUUAAAGGAAAAGUAUGAUAAAAUGGCGGGAAAAGAAUUUACCAGAGUACCAGUCAACGAAAAUAACGGUACUGUUGAUGUAGAGAAUAUAAAGACUCUAGGUAUGAGCUGAAGGUCAUUUUCAUUUUUAGGUCAUUUUACAAGGUAAAGAUGAUUGUUUUGAGUUCUGAAAUAAAGUUAGUUAUAUUUGUAACUAUUU